AUGCUUUUGAUAUUUUUGUGGCUUAUACUUCCAAUAUUUGGAGCCAAGAACAUCCCAUCAAACCCUGGCCGGGUAUGUGGCUUCGGGGAUUUUAAUAAUGAUAGGAACACUGACAUCAUUGUACAGCGCGGAGAGAAUUUAACUAUUCUUUUACAAGAAGACAAAAUAUUAACUAUCGAGGAGGGAACUUUCCGUAACUCCUCUUCAUUCCAUGUUGGGCAUCGGAUCGUAGAAUGUUCGUUGGGAGACUUCAACGGUGAUUCAAGACUCGAUGUUCUGGUUUCAUCAAAGCAUGAUGAUGAAUAUAAACACUCUGUUUGGUUUGGUAGUGACUCCGGGUAUUAUGAGGUAGUGCUCGACCUUCUGCAAGCUCAAGCCAUGGCCAUUGAUAUUGAUGGUGAUGGUUUCCAUGACGUGUUCGGUUUCUAUCAAAACGGUUCAAUGUAUUGCCAAAAGUUUGAUAAAUCAGGCUCAAAAGACGAAAGUUGCUCCAAGUUAUUUUCGAAGUUCGAACCAAUCAAAGCUUAUGAGGGCAUUCCUCAUUUAUAUGUUGACAUUUUUGGUGGAGACCUUCUUGCUGAGAUUGUACUCAUGCUCGAUAAGGAUGGGUACCUGGACAUGCAAGUAUGGAGAAGAUACAAAAAUGGCUGGCAAAUAUCACCAAGCUCCAUUCCUUCACUGGGGUCUUCUCCUAUUUUUGAGUAUGUCGGUGCUCCUAUUCCUGCCGAUUUUGAUGCCGACGGUCUUAUGGAACUGUUGGUACCAAUUUGUGAAUCAAGAGAUUGCUCGAAAGUCAGUGAAGUCUACAUUUGGCAAUCGGGAAAGAACUGGACAAAGCAUCCAUUGGAUAUAUCCGAUUUAACGAUCGUCUCGGAUAAGAAUAGUAAAGUGUUGUUCCGCGUUGGUGAUUUCUCUAUGGAUGGAUAUCCAGAUCUUCUGGUUACUGCUAUUGAGAAAGGAAAGAACCCCUUGCCUCGCGUUUUGGAGAACCAAGCAUGUUCUAAUUGUGAGAAGAAUGGAACCAAAAAAUUCGAAGUGAAAAAACCUCUUUUCAUCCAACCGAAGGAUAUCGCUUUAGGGACUAUAACUAUGACUUCUUUCUUCGAUCUGAAGGAAGACGGAAGUCUUGAUAUACUUGUUGAAUACAAUACCACUGAAUGGGAUGAGCUCAGAUUCAGUUUCAUCCCCUGUGAUUACAAAGGAGAUACAACUUUCCUCAAAAUCCAAGUUUUCACUAGUGUUUGCGAUAAGAACUGCAAUCCAGACUCUAACGAAUUAGGUUCUGGGAUUUCAUGGGGUGGUAGUUGUAUGUCUUUCUCCAUGUCCGAUGGUUGGGGAGGAUCUCUCAAAUCAGCAUCAUGUCAACUACCAGCUGUUACUCACAGAUCAUUGAUGGCUCCAUUUGUACUUUUCGGUUUGGGCCGAAGUCCUAACUUUGUUGAUGAGUUGACCAUUGGCGUUCCACGUUAUUCUGCUCGUAUUGCUGGACCUUCCAGACAACAUGUACUGAAGCAGAUUGUUCCCAACUCUCGAUUGAGUAUUAUGCCUCCCAGUGGUGAAGGAACUCAUUGGCUUAACCGCCUGUACGUCACACCUUCUCAGCUCAUUCUCCAGAGUAUCUUAGUGAUUGUCCUAGUAUGUUCCAUUCUGCUCAUGGUAGUUGCUCUAUUGCAUUACCGAGAGAAGAAGGAAGAUCGUAUGGAGAGACAACAACAAUCACAACGAUUCCACUUCGACGCCAUGUAA